GAGUCAGUUUUGAAACUUUUGUGGAAAAGCAUUCCCAUCGAGUGAAAUGUACGAGUAGUGCAAACGAAUCAGUAGAAGCGUCAAGCAAUCGAUAAUGAGAGACACAAAAACAUUCCACCGCGAACUCCGAAACAAUGAUGAGCCUCAAUUUCCGACUGGCGACAAUCCUCUUGGGUGCUUCCGCUGCGUCUGCCUUUGUGAACCCGGCAACGACUUCGUCGAUUCCCGUGCCAACGACCACACGGAUCGAAUCGUCGUCGCCCGCCGCGGCCACGGAGCCCAGGGAUGCUGCUACCAUCGCCGAACUGAAAUGCGAAGCCGGGGGUUCCAUCCUGGACGAAGCGGCAAUGCUGAAGGCACAGAAUUUCCCCGUCUCCCCGGAGGACCUGGUAUCCAAGGCAAAGCACGCCCUCGUCAAGGAUUCGGGCGUCCUGGAUCCCUCCCUGUGGGCCGAGGAUUUCGAAUUCUGCGCCCCCUACGUUGGGCCCCUUUCUAGGGAGAAAUUUCUGGAGGCCGCCAACGGCUUCAAGAUCUACGACGCCUUUCCGGACUUUGACAACCGGUACUUCAACAUACAUCCCGAUCCGAUCGAGCCCGGGCGGGUCUGGUUCAUGACCCGGCUCACCGCCACCAACGACGGGGCCGGAUUGUUUGGGAAAAAGGAGCCCUCGAACAAGAAUGUCGUGCUGCCCCCACAGAUGUACUCGUUUUUGUUCAACGAGGAGGGACUCAUCCGGGAGUUGACCGUGGGUUAUCCCGUCGAUCGGCGGCAGGGGAACACCGGCGGACUCGGGGGCAUGUUCGGAGUUUUUUACGGCAUCGGGCAGGCCCUGCCUUUUCCGGAGGGCAAGCCCUACCAGCUCUCACGUCGGUUCCGAUUUUUCAACAUGAUUGGGGACUUGGCGGGCCGGCUAACGAAAAAGAAGGACUAAACGAAGAAUCAGUGCAUCGAAUGAUAGCGACUAGAACUUGUAAACUU